AUGGCGAGAACAGUCUCCAACAACGACAGCACCAACGAUGAAACAGGAGAUGACAGCAACACUGCAACCAAGGACGAGGGCGAGGUCAAAGGUCGCGUGAGGAAGGGGCCGUGGACCCCGGCGGAAGACGCGAUCCUUGUAGAGUACGUGAAAAAGCACGGUGAAGGGAAUUGGAACUCCGUGCACAAGAAUUCUGGGUUGUUCAGGUGCGGCAAAAGUUGUAGACUUCGCUGGGCCAACCAUCUCAGGCCUAAUCUCAAGAAAGGUGCAUUCUCUCCUGAGGAAGAGCAAAUCAUCAUCGACCUUCAUUCCAAGCUUGGAAACAAAUGGGCUAGAAUGGCCGCACAGUUACCUGGCAGGACGGACAAUGAAAUAAAGAACUUUUGGAACACCAGAAUGAAAAGGCGUCAGAGAGCAGGGUUACCCAUUUAUCCUCCUGAAGUGCAUGCAGAAGCCACUGCAUACCAUCUACAAAACCGCUACUUGGAACACCAACCUCAUUCUUCUGCAUCAUUUGCUUUGCUCCUAUCUUCUUGUUACCCCAAGAAGAUCAAUGACCCUGACCAACCCAAUCGCUCCAAUGCAAACCCGCUGCAAAACCAACCUGAUUCUGCCAACUGUUACAUUAAUCCAAGCCAGCAGCAGUUCAAGUUUUCCAAUGAAAAUGGUGGAAAUUCAAAUCUUGCUGUGCCAUUAUCCCCUCUUUCUCCGUAUGGAUCAUCGUCCUCCUCCCUUCUUAACCACAGUUUUGGGGAUCAUGGCUACAUAGCAGAAUCCCCAUAUGAACCCUUUCCUUUGGUGCGAGGCUCCACCACCGACAUCUCUUCCAACCAAACACCAACCCCUGCUUCAUCAUAUGCUAGCGGUGUUGAUGGCCUGAUGGGAGCUUCAAGCAUGGUUAAUAAUAAUAAUAACUAUAAUAAUGACUACUAUGAAGUUGCACCAUUGUCUCCUCCAGGAAACAGUGGCUUGCUGGAUGCUUUAGUCAUGGAGGCCCAAGGACUUUCUCACAAUGACAAGUCCAAGAGUGAGGAGGACCCAACCCUAGCUGGGAAGCUAUCUUGUAAGAGAAAGAACAUGGAAUAUGCAGAGGAGGGAGGCACUGCGCCUGUGGUGUCAGCCAUGAAGAAGAGCAGUGGAAACAGUACUACUACUGAAAACCAGAGGGAUGAUGAUAUUAGCUCCUCUCAAUUGUCAAAAGGGAAGAAAGUGAUGGGGGAGGAUCCGUUGGAGGAGAUGAACUCGAUGGACGAUGACCUGUUUAGUCUGCUGAACCAGUUUCCCUUAGAAAUGCCAAUGCCUGAGUGGUACCGAAGAGGGGAAAGUCAGUCAUUGGGACUUGAAAACCAGCCCAAUGCUUCACCACCUGACCCCGCUGAUCAAGAGUAUGCUUGGACUCUCGGAACUCGCUGGAACAACAUGCCCAGCAUCUGCUAA